GAGUUCCUUUGUUUAACUGCACUCUUGUUUUCGACCGUUGAAAGUCGAGCGCGCGCAGAGACUUGUUGCGUUCUUCCAUCAUUACGAAUCGCAAUUUCGACGAGUCAGUUGUGUCUAUAUAUAAGUAUUUAUCUUUCUACUUAUCACGCGGUACACAAUUUGGACAGCAGCAUAGUUUUCGUGCUCGCGCAAUAUCAACGAUUUGACUAGAACAAGUUGUGAAUUUCGUAAAGAAAGCGUCGACGGACAUUAACGCAUCAGCCACAUCAUGCCGCUACCCGUAGCACCAGUACAAGCCACAAAAGGCUUAACCCUCGAAGGAUCUGCCGUGGUGAUCAAAGACUACCUUUCAUUCGCUAUCAACAGCAUUCUGUUUCAACGUGAUGUAUGCAGACCUGACGAAUUCGAAAUGGUCAACAAGUAUGGCCUACCAAUUAUGAUGAUGAAAGAUGACAGUAGUGUCAGACAUAUAUUACAAGACGCUGAAAAAGCUAUGUCCUCCAACGGAUUGAAAAGGGUAAUCCUUGCGCUAUUUGAAAAAUAUACUGACACUGUCAUUGAGAAAUGGGAAUUCGAAAUAGAGACUGACAAAUCUGAAAAAAACAACAACAACCAAAUGGGAUCGAAGAACAUAACUUUAGUCCAGGCUGAGAUUCGUGCUGUGUUGAAACAGGUGUUAGGAAGUGUUAGCUUUCUACCAAUUAUUGAAGCAGGAUCAAAGUUUCGUAUUCUAUUCGUAUUUGAGAAAGGAUUCAGCCUGCCAGGCUGGACCACCUAUCAUGGCUCAAUCGCCGUGAAUAAUAGUGAAGAAUUCGUCUUCAAGGACUUCUCAACCUCUUUGCACAAGUGUGCAACCAAAGUGACGUACAGAAGUUAAAUCCUUAAAGGAUAUUAUAUUAAGAGAGCAUAUCUGUGAAGCAUAAGCAACAAUCAUUAAAACUUUUUAUAAGUAGUUCUAUUUGCAACAAUGAGUAUUAUUUAAUAUUUUAUAAACAGUGAUUCACAUUUCUUAAUUUUGCAUCAAGGCAAAGUGUAAUCUAUUACAUCAUUAUUAAAAACAUAGUUUUUUUAAAAAGCUUAUAAGUUUGUAUGGAAGCAAAAUGUAAUAAAUUACAUAUUUGAAA